UUUGUGGCUCUGCAGUACUUCUCUAUAUUUAGAGGAGAACUACUGCAUGCUUUUAUCUUUAUAGCAAAACAAAAAGUCCCAACAAAUCUUUUUACUUUCCUAAAAUCCCAUAAAAAAAAAUGGCACGUCAAUUCGUUGUCGUUUUUACCCUAGCUUUCCUGGCUGUUGCUGCUUUGGUUUCUUCAACUGAUGAGAAAUCUCCCACUGCCUCUCCAGCCGGCCAGCCGACCACUGCACCCCCACCUAAGAGCAAGGCUGCACCUCCACAACAGUCUAAGCAAACACCAUCUCCUUCCGAAUCCCCCAAGGCUUCCAACAGUGAUUCUGAUUCCCCUAGCAAGGCCCCAGCCUCCUCCUCCGCCUCCCCACCCUCCAUGUCCGAUGAGCCCUCCUCCCCACCUUCUCCUUCCACCACUGAUGCCCCCGCUGCUGUACCUGCUGCCGAAGCCGACGCUUCAGCCACCGAAGAAGAAGCAUCCGGUGCUGGUGCUCUUCAGGUCUCAGCUGUUGCCGGUGUCGCAGCUGCUGCCGGCUUCCUCUUCUUCUAAGUUUCUUAUCAAAGCUUGAAGAACAGAUAAUUGAAGUCUCUCGAUACCCUCUUUCUAUAAAUUAUUUUUUUUUUUGUGCUAGUUAAAAGGAAAUAAGAGAGGAAGCCGUUCAAAAAUAUGUACUACUUCUAAAGGCCUCGUCCAUCUCAUGAUUAAAUUUUAAUCAUAUAUUCUUUAUUCGUUUCAUCAUCA